UUUGUGUGCAAUCUAUGGACCUACUUAGAGAUCCACCAUUACACAUCAUUCACAACACGUGGACUAGGUACCUAGCUGGCAAGGGCUCUUGAUCCCUCUCCAAGCCGGCGCGUAUGCUCCUUCCGUAUACGGCUCCGGCUGAUUAUGUGGGGCGGAACCGGGGGAGGUAGCAUUAAGGUACCCCGCAGCUGACACUCGUUCCACCAUUGCGAACUCGAAAACGAGAGCGACAGCAAUGAAGCACCUUGAAGGUGACGGUCAAAUGGGGCAACCCGAACACGGCUCGGCAAGGCACGACCCUGUUCGACCGAAUACGUCCUCGAUGUCUAUAAGAGCUGUUUGACUCCGCCUUUCCAAUGGGCGGGGAGAGCCGUUCUGCAUACUCCCCGCACCAUCCAAACCGUCAGCCUAGCAUAUACGAGGUAUUCUCAAACGGGAACGCACUAAAUCGGCAGCCCAAGGAAUCACAAUUGCUGCCAUCAAAACCUUGAUCCGAGACCAUGACAUCAGCUCAGGGAAAGACCGCCAUCGUCACUGGCGCUGCUGGCGGCCUCGGAAAAGCCAUUGCAGACGCCUUCCUCGCCGCAGGGGCUAACGUAGUGAUCUGUGACGUCAACUCUCAGCGGAUAGCCACCGUAGAGGAGGAGUGGAACAAGACCUACUCGGGCAAGUUCCUCGCCCUGCAGACAGACGUGUCAGACGAAGCCGCCGUCCAGAAGCUCGUGGACGAGACCGUCGCCAAGUUCGGCCGCCUCGAUGUCCUCGUCAACAAUGCCGGCGUCAUGGACGACUUCUCCCCCGUUGGAUCCUGCACCAAGGAGAAGUGGGACCAUGUCCUGGCAAUCAACCUCAACGGGCCCUACCUGACCUCCAGAGCCGCGGUGACGCAGAUGGAGAAGCAGGAACCGGCCGGCGGCUCCAUCAUCAACAUCGGCUCCAACGCGAGCUACGGCGGCUUCCACGCCGGCGUGGCCUACACGGUCUCCAAGGCGGGCGUCAUGGCCCUCACGAAAAACACGGCGGGGGCGUACGGGGCCAAGGGCAUCUACUCCUCCGCCCUGCUCCUCGGGGCAAUGUCCAGCACCAACAUCACCGACGCAAUGCAGCAGGGCAUCGACAUGGACAUGUUUCAGCAGAUCAACGCGUCGCAUACCAAGUUCGAGCCAGAGAAGCAUGAUCUUCCCCUCGGGAGCGUCGCAAAGUAUGUCUUGUUCUUGACCGACAAGGAUAUCGCGGCCAGCGCGAACGGCUCGUGCAUUGUGUUCAACAGGAACUGGCCCGAGGCCUAGAGGUCGGGACAGGACUAGUAUACGGAGAUUUGGACUAGACGGAAUUGGCGGUCAAGCAUGGCCUGAUUCGGUUGACUGGUCAGUGGUGUGAUUUCAAGACUCUCUGCAGAGUCGAGUACCUAGCUAGCAUCUGCACGGGCAUGGGGAAAUGAGUGUGGUGGUGGAGUGUACAUCUCCUGAUAUAUAUUCACCCGUUUCUAGCUGACUGUAGUUGAUGGGAAAAGACAACAACCACCGAGAUUUCCAUGUACUAUGCAGAAGGAGCGUGUGCAAAGUGCAAUCUCAGAGUACCCGCCUAAUACAACGUUUCGCUUUGACCCCAAGAUGCGAUGAAGGAGAGUAGAGAAUAACAAACAGCGCCCCAAUCCAAGGGCCCAAGCCAGAACAAUAAACCUGCAUACCAAC